UUACUGCUCAGUUUUGUCCGUGAGAAGGAAAGUACUGUAACCUAUUCAUUUAGGCUUGCAUACGAUAUUACUAUCGAUAGGUCGAUACCAUUUGGUAUCUUAAUCUUUAACUAUCUGUAAAGUGUGACUUUUAGACUGGUGAAAAGGAGCUAGGUAUUUUAGCCACCAUGUCGAGAAUUGACUACAGCGCAUGGGACCACAUUGAGGUCUCCGAUGAUGAAGACGAUACUCAUCCCAACAUCGAUACGCCCAGCCUUUUCAGAUGGCGACAUCAGGCGCGUGUUGAAAGAAUGGAUCAGUUUCAGGCGAAGGGUGAGGAGAUGCAGAAAGGUCUGACGGAGUGCAAACGCAAGCUGGCAGAAGCACAGAAGAAGAUGAGGGAUAUGUCCAUCUCGGCUACAGAUGAUGCCAAAGCUGAUCUGAGCAAGGCACAGGCAGAGGAGAAGAAGCUGAAGAAGGAAGAGAGGGACUGGGAAAAGAAAGUUGAGGAGUAUCGGCAAGAAGAGAAGAAAAUGCCAUGGAACGUGGACACACUUAGCACGGAGGGCUUUAGCAAGAGCUUUGUCAAUUCUAAACCUGACGUAUCAGAGGAGACAGAGGAGCAGAAAGAGCAGAAGCACAAGACAUUUGUGGAGAAGUAUGAAAAAGAGAUUAAACACUUUGGUAUGUUGCGACGCUGGGAUGACAGCCAGAAGUACCUAUCAGACAACUCUCACUUGGUGUGUGAGGAAACUGCAAACUACCUGGUCAUCAGGUGCAUUGACCUGGAGGUUGAAGAGAAACAUGCCUUGAUGGAGCAAGUGGCCCACCAGACCAUAGUCAUGCAGUUUAUCCUGGAACUUGCAAAAAGUCUUAAGGUGGACCCCCGUGGUUGCUUCCGCCAGUUCUUUGCCAAAAUAAAGACCGCAGACCAACAGUAUCAGGAUGCUUUCAAUGAUGAGUUGGAAUCAUUUAAGGAGCGGGUUCGUACUAGAGCAAAGAUUCGCAUUGAGAAGGCUUUGAAGGAGUAUGAGGAGGAGGAGAGGCAGAAACGCCUUGGGCCUGGAGGAAUAGACCCUGUAGAGGUGUAUGAGUCCCUGCCCGAGGAGAUGAAGAAAUGCUUUGAUGACAAGGACAUUCAGAUGUUGCAGACUGUUAUCAGCAAAAUGGACCCAACGGAGGCAAAGGCCCACAUGAAGAGAUGCAUAGACUCUGGGCUCUGGGUCCCCAACUCGAGGACAGACGAUGGAGAUGACAAGGAAGAAGAGGGUACUUACGAGGAGUUGAAACAAGAUGUGGAAGAAAACAAGACUGAAUGACCAACCGUGACUUAAUGAUAUUGUUACAUUGAAUAUUUUCAAUGUAACAUCGUAUGUACUCACCCAAACUAUUGCUAACGCUACACCCAAUGUUUCUCAUUUGUGGUUCGAGCUUUGAAACAAUGCAACUUUUUCCUGUUUACCCUCCUCAAGCUAAAUGAUUAAAAAUAGUUCUACGAUAUUGCAGUCAUUCAUCACUUGCUUUCUUUCUUUGCUUUAUUCUUGUUUGGGCUUGAGUAAAUACACAUUUAUAUGCUUGUCUCAACACACUCAAUUUUAAUUUUAUUUGUAUAGCCCUUUUUACAAUCAAUGUUGCAGAGGGCUUCACAUAUGCUCAUAGAGCUGUACCUAAGCCUACCCAAAACCCUCAUUCUGUGUGUGAGUCUAUCAUGUUUAUGUUUUGGUUGUAGUUAUCAGAGAUAUGUAAUGAUUUCUACUGUUCUGAUACUUUAACCCGGGUUAUGCAUGUGUAGAAAAAGGAAAUGUGUGAGCUACUUGUCCAGAUAUCACAAUACCUAAUAAACAGUAUCUUGAAAACUGU